UGUUCUACUAGUCGAGUACGCCAUAAGAAGCCAUAAACCCAUCGGGAUGCUGAAGAUCAUAGCCUUUAUCUGCUGCCUUUCGGUGGUCAUCGUUUCCGGAGGAUUCUACCAGCUUCCACACUACGAGCAGGAUUACUACGCCCACCCAAAGUACAAGUUCGAGUACGGUGUAAAGGACAUUCUCACCGGAGAUCACAAGAGUCAAUGGGAGCAGCGAGAUGGACAAAUCGUGACAGGAUCCUACUCACUUGACGAAGCCGAUGGAACCCACAGGAUUGUGACCUACAAUUCGGAUGACCACAAUGGGUUCCAUGCCUACGUUCAUCGAGUGGGACAUGCUCAGCAUCCCCAUGGGGAGAGCUAUUCCCACAUUGAUCAGCAUCACGGAUGAACGAGUUCCAGGAUCUUCCUCCGAGCCGGGGAAGAUCACUGUUCACAUGAGCUCU